AUGGCCACAUCAAACUCAUUUUUGAUGGAUUCACUUAGUGAUUCGUUAAUAGCCGCAGUUACAGAAACAUCUUUCAACGUACCCAGUCAUCCACCUAUCGCGGAAAAACCUGUCAAACCUCUUGCGGAACUGAAUUUACCACCAGCAGUCGUUGCUUGUUAUCAACGUGCGGGUAUCUCACAUCUGUUUGCUUGGCAAGCUGACUGUCUGGAGAAAGCCAGUUCAAGUGGAAAACGUAAUUUCAUCUUCUCUGCGCCAGCUUCAGCAGGAAAAACGAUCGUCUCCGAGUUAUUGCUCAUUAAAUCAGUACUUGAAACCAAACGAAAAGCUUUGUUUAUCGAACCAUAUGUUAGUAUUGUUCAAGAAAAAGCUGCUUAUUUUCGAAGACUUUUUUCGUCGCUUCAUCUACGCAUCGCAUCCUUUGCUGGUGCUAGUGAUUCUCAUAAUUCAUUUUCGAACAGUCAUAUUAUCAUGUGCACGAUCGAAAAGGCAAAUAGUAUAAUCAAUCGUUUAUUAUCGAACCGUGAUGAUUUGAGUGAAAUCGGUAUUGUAAUUGUCGACGAAUUACAUUGGAUAGGCGAAACAAAUCGUGGAUACUUGCUUGAAUUGUUAUUAAGUAAAAUAAUAUAUUAUAAUCAAUUAAAAACUACAAACAAUCCUGUUCAAAUCAUUGGUAUGAGUGCGACAAUACCGAAUUUAAAUCAAUUAGCACAAUGGUUACAUGCUGAAACCUUUGAAACCAUGUUUCGUCCUAUUCCAUUAGAGGAAUAUAUUAAAGUUGAUUCCGUUUUGUACAAUAAACAAUUUAUGCCCAUUCGUCAACUUCAUCUCUCCGAACGAUGGAAUCAAGGUGACAGCGAGGGCGUAACGGAAAUUGUCUGGAGUGUUAUUGAACAUAAUUGCCGAAGUGUCUUAGUUUUCUGUGCUACGAAACAUUGGUGUGAAGUUUUAGCAAAGUUGCUAGCGAAAAACUUUCGAUGCAUCAUGGAAGACAAACAAAUAAAUGCAUUCGACGCGGCGAAACUAGAAGAUGUACUAGAACAACUACGUCGAACUCCCGCUGGCCUUGAUGCCGAUCUUGCUUGUUCGAUACCAAUGGGUAUUGCAUUUCAUCAUGCAGGUUUGACGAUCGAUGAACGAGAAAUUAUUGAAAAUGCAUACCGAGCCAACAUCCUUCGUGUUAUUGUUUGUACAAGCACAUUAUCUAGCGGAGUCAAUCUACCUGCUCGUCUAGUUAUUAUUCGAAGUCCACUUCAAAAUGGUCGAUGUAUUGAUCUAAGUGCUUAUCUUCAAAUGGUUGGUCGAGCUGGUCGAAAAGGUUAUGAUGAUUAUGGUAAGACCUACGCACAUCCUGUUAUUGGGAAGGAAGUUGAUCUGGUACAGAAAAUGUUUGAACAAGAAAAGACAAAAGCUGUGAAUAGUUGCUUUUUCGAAGCAGAAACACAUACGAGCUUGAAACGGGCUUUACUUGAAAUUAUUGCUAGUGGAAAAGCAAACACCAAAGAACAAAUUAUUUCCUAUAUUAAAUCGACAUUUUUUUAUAUUUGUACAAAUUCGGACAAAUCGAUCCUGGAUGAGCAAUCAACCAUCGAUAAAUGUCUUAGUUGGUUAUGCCAUAAUGAACUCAUCCGUUAUGAUGAAAAAGAAAAUCUUGCUGAUGAGAACGAUUUGCGUUAUGAACCAACGCAACUUGCUCUAGCAGUCAUCACGCAACGGAACUUAUGCCUUGAAAAUGAUUUACAUCUCGUCUAUCUUAUCAUCCCUCAACAUUUGGUUGCGUUGAUACAGACAGCACUCGAUUGGAAUGUAUUUCAUACUGUUUGGCCAACGGGUGCUGUAGAACAGCAUGUCGCACAUUUAGUUGGUGUUAAUGGUAUGAUUGUUUAUAAGAAAGCAGCGUCAUUACGAAUAGAAAAACGGGAAUUUGAAGAAAAACUCGACGGUCCACGUUACGCACGGUUUUUCAUUGCACUUAUACUCAAUGAUUUACUGAACGAAAAGAGUAUGUGCGAUGUUAUACGGAAGUAUGAAUGUACGAAAAGCUUUGUUCAACAAUUACAAUCGACAACGGCAACAUUUACUUGUAUCGUGCAAACAUUUGCUGAACGUCUUUCAUGGAAUAACCUUAAGCAAUUACUAAAUGGCUUUCAAUCCAGAUUGAACUUUGGUGUCAAACAAGAAUUGUGUGAACUUGUAAGACUCUCACUGGUAAAUGCUUGCCGUGCAAGACAAUUGCACUCAGACGGAUUUACUACGAUUGCCUCCUUGGCGAAUGGUGAUGUUCAUGAGAUUGAAAGAAGUAUCCAAAAAGCAGUACCGUUUCAAACAGGGGCACAGCAAUUGGCUGAUGAACGUGUGGGCCAAAAACGAAGAGAUCAAUAUUGCAUUUUCGUACCAGGACGACCGCCACUCACAAAUGCUCAAGCAGCACAAGAAAUUGUCGAGGAAGCAAAAGUAUUGCUACAACAAGAUUUACAAGUCAUGGGAUUCGGAAUUGUUAUUCAAAAGGCACCAGCUGAUCGUAAAAAUGAGCACGUUUCAGAUUCUGAGACCGAUUCUGAUGAAGAUGAAGAUGAUUGUGAGAGCGAGAUUCCCUCUCCAUUACUAUCUUCGACUAUCCAGUUUCCAUCGUUACUUGAUGAUAAAAAUAUAAUUGUCAAAAAUGCCUAUGUCGCUGGAAAACAUAUCUGCUCAGAGUUUAUUUUGAUGAUUGAACAUAAAGAAACAUUUGCACUUAGCUGUUUUACCAAAAAGGCAACAAAAUCAAUCUCAGAUCCCGGCGUGUUUCAUAUAAACAACCAACAAGAACUAUAUCUACAAUACGUAGCUUGUGCAUUCAGUAUACAUAAAGUAUACAUCAUCGAUAUCACCGAGGAUGAACAAUACUUUCAACAACAUCGAAUGUCAGCUCUUAUUCAUGUACGUGAAAAGUUACUACAUCGAAAACAUAAUGUAAUUGUAUUCAAUGCAUUACACACAUUAUUCAUGCUUUCAUCUUAUUUGUCCAUUCCAAAAGUAAAUGCACGAAUUAUCGAUCUACAAAUUUGUGCGUGGAUCAAACAACAUCCCAUUGAUUCUGAUCGAAUUUCCACGUGGAUCGAGACGCAUCAUAGUGUAAUACAAUUCGACGCAAGUCUGAAUGAAUAUAGAGACGGUCACCAUCGUGAAACGGCAUGUUUAAAAGUAGCUGGUGAAGUGUUACUCUAUGCAUCAAUUGUUCCAUUGAUUGAACAGCAAAUGAAUAAAACUGACUUAUGGAAUUACUAUAUCAAUGUGGAAAUGCCAGCUUUGAGAACUAUGCUGCACGUGCUAUUGAAUGGAGUACUGAUCGAUCAUGAAGAACUAGCAAAUAUUCGAGAAGAUCUUCUUACAACAAUGAAUCAACUUGAAUUGCAAGCAUAUCGUCUAGUGAAGCGUCGCUUCAAACUCAAUCGCCAAAAGGAUCUCAUUAAAAUUCUUUAUGGUGAACUUCAUCUACCGAUGCAACGUACACCGCAUGGUCGUGUAUGUUUGAAAAAAUCUUAUCUGAACGUUCUGGCUGAUAAGCAUCCAUUGCCUAAAUUAAUUACUGAAUAUCGACAAGUUCAGAGUGCACUUGAUCGAUGCAUUGACCAUUUCGAACAAUACAUCAAUCAGCCAACAAAACCGCAGUCGCUCCAACGUUUACGGCGAGAAGCUUCAUGGCAAAUGGAACGUUUUUACCCAUAUUGUCACUUUUUCACAGCCACCGGUCGAAUGAUUGUUACUAAUCCACCAUUGCAACAUGUUCCAAAACGAUUCGUUAUCGAAUCAUUAAAAGAAAAAACCGUGGUUCAAUUGAGACAAAUGAUCAUUGCUCGAACAGGUUUUCAACUAGUUUCAUUCGAUUAUUCUCAGUUAGAACUACGUGUUCUUGCUCAUCUGUCCAACGACGAGAAAUUGAUAGCACGUCUAUCUAAUAAAGCAGACUUUUUCAUAUCGCUCGCUGCAGAUCUACUAAGAAAAGAUGAAAAUGAAAUUACCCAUGAACAACGGCAGAAUGCUAAACAAGUCUGCUAUGGUAUUCUCUAUGGUAUGUCAAAAGAAACGUUUGCUCGUGAAACACGUAUGAAUCUCAAUGAAGCAGAGGAUUUCAUGACGAAUUUUUAUAAAACAUUUCCUACUAUGACUCAAUAUCUCAACGAUAUAAAACAACGAGUUGCUGAAACAGGUUAUGUGCAUAGUGUUUAUGAACGUCCUUUAUAUUUUGAUAUAAGUCGUACGGCAACGAAUCCAGUGAACAAAGCUCGAAUGGAUCGACAAGCAAUCAAUUUCACCAUUCAAGCAUCUGCAUGCGAUAUAAUGAAAGUGGCCUUAGAACAUAUUAAUCUAGCAUUGGAUCGAAUAUUUCCUUUUGAUUUUAAAACUCGUCCGACUCCGAUUCGACCAGUUUAUCUUGUUUUGCAGAUUCAUGAUGAACUAAUUUUUGAAAUCGAGACAAGUUCUCGAACGAAUGAAAUAAUCAAAAUCAUCCGUCAAGAAAUGGAAAGAAAUGAUGAGUUACACUUGGUAUUACCGGUAAAGGUCAAAUCUGGUCAAAAUUGGGAAUCGAUGACAUCCGUUGUAUAA